GUUCUUAAUCAAAAAGUUGAAUCUUCUUAUCACACGAAUCUGUUCUUUGCUAAAGCUCAAGCUCAAGCUCGAUCCCUCUUUGCGUGCAAGCAAAGCCUCAUCGGUAAAGAGAUCGAAAGAGGCUGAAGGACGGAUUAGUGAUUAAAGGUAUAGAGAGAAAGAUGAGAGAGACCUCAGCGAGUGGUCUUUCAUGGCGGCGCGUGUUAUUCUUCGCUUCGAUUGCUCUGCACUUCGUCUUAGGUCUAUCGGGAGAUUCCAAGAAUGCAAAUUCAGGAGCUAAAGCAGAGUCUCACACUUCUUCAGGCGGAACAGGGACAAAAGUAAUCCUCAUACUGGUCGGAUUGGUGGCUGUAGCUGUGUUCUCCUUCUUUCUAUACAGGUUAUGGCAGAAGAAGAAAAGAGACGAGCAGUACGCUCGACUGUUGAAACUCUUUGAGGAAGAUGAUGAACUCGAGGUUGAAUUAGGCCUUCGAGAUUAA